AUGCUUGGUGAUCCCCAAGGAUCUAGGACCUCUUUCGAUAUGGAAACUCCUCCGCCAACUUCCCAUCCUAGACCAACCACUGAAGGAGCCGCAUCAAGUUUAGACUACUCAUCACACGUCCGGCCUACAAAGUCCAGCGCCCAAAGGCCACCCUCUCGGCCGAAACACUCUUGGGAUGGUCAUUUGCGCAAAAGGUUGGCGCGUGGCUCAGAAGUGACGGAGUGUGGACAACGCGGCUCAUCCUUCGACCACUAUGACUAUUACAUGAUCUCAUGCCCUGAGUUGGGACGAGCCAAGUGUUCAUCGGAGGCAACCCCCCCUUCCAACGGGUCGUGCAAUAGCAUCGGUGGACAUGGCUCUCUUCCACCGAAAUCGAACCGUCUCCGUAGUCGCCUUGCUCAGCGGUUUCGUCGCAUGCGUCCUUGGACAUCCCCACUUGCGUCAAGCCGCUCAAGCCGUUCGAGUUACCCCAGUUCACCGGCCGACCCCGAACACCAGGAAGUCAAGGUCCACAGUGGAAAAGAGCGGCGGCGGAGAGCACGGGAGUCGGAAAGCCAUUCGGAGCAAACCCGGGGUUCAUCGGACGAAGCAGCGGAGGCCGUUUACUCGGCUCCGACGGUGGACAAAGGCACGCGCCCGCUCGCCAUGGCCGGAGUCGUAUUGGCGACAUCGGACCUCGACCGUCUGAGCCUCAUGGCCCGGCGCGGAGAGGGAGCGGAAACCCCGAAAAUAAAAUAAAGCCGGACAAAAGGGUCGAUGCUUGGGGAAUCCACGAUUCAUUUUAGAUAUCUUUAGAGAGCGUGCCCCUAUGUGCCGCGUGUAUCCAGG